CAAAAUGCCUGUAAAACGGAAGCGAAAGGCACAGAAGAAAAAGAAAGCAAAGAAAGAUGAGGAAAUCGUGCGGGAUCCCAAACAAGAAAUGCUUCUGCACGAGAUGAAACUUGGAAUUUUGAAUACGGAACGUUACCGCCGCCUUUGGCGAGAGACGCUUACGCAGAUUAAGCUGCCAGACAUCGGAAGGAACGUGGAAAUAGCUUGGCAAACGGUGGAGCGUACGUUCGAUCUCAAGGACUACAGUAUCAGUUUACUGCUGGACAGCUUACAAGAACUCGAGGACCAGCGUCGUCGUGCGAACGGUGCACGCGUGGAAACGUUCGAUCGAUCUCUCCAGAUACACGAGGCGCGGUUGAAAGGCAUCGAUGACAUCUUCCAUCGAAAUAUCGAGGAAGCGUUGGCAGCAAAAAACCAUGAAUUCGAAAGAAUCGAUCACUCUCGGAACGCGUCUGAAAAUGGUUUACAUAAAACCGUUUGGCGUGUAAAUCGUCGAGACGAAAAUGCGGCAAACAUUGCUAAAAGUGUUGCGAUCGGUAAGAUCGAUACCUUUACGGAGGAUGGACAAAACGAAAGAAGAAUAAUCAGCGGUCUGCUUCAAAAACAGCUCGAAGAUCAUUGGAAUGAUUUACGAAACAUUUUCACCGACUAUCGCAAAAGUACCGUGGAUCGACGGAAAGCUUACGAAGCGAUUCGAAGGAAGGACGAGUCCGAUCGACAGGAAAUAAUCCGGCAGUGGCAACGUACCGCAUUUCUUCUCGAUGAGAUCGCAAAAUUUCGAGAUAAUAUCCAUUCUUACAAGGCCGACGCUACAACGGAACUACAAGAAGUCAUCCAGCAGUCGGAUUUCUUUCACGCUACCUAUCGAAAGAAAAAUAAGCACUUUGUCCUCGGAAGAGAGGAAGAUAAACGUAAAGCAACGGUGAUGUCCAGGGAAUACGAUGAAACUUUGGAACGAUUUAAUAAAUUGAUAAACAAGGCCGAACGUAUGCUCACGUACUUACAAAUAUGUCGAAGAUUCGAAACUCAAGACGAAAAAAUCAUUCAAACCAUGAGUAAUUAUGUUAUCGAUGAAAUUCAACAAACCUCUUUGCCGCAAAUCAAAGGUUUUUCACUUCAAAUGGCUUUGGAAGACUAUGAAAAUACGAUCAAGUUUUGGCAUCGUCUAGGCCUCGCGCAAUUAAUCGCCACACAAUUACACGUCGAAAGAGAUCAAUUAUUGGCGGAAGCGAGGGAUCUACGGAAAUCGAUUAAGCACUAUCUCUGCUUGCUAAAACCAACAGCUAUGUGACUGUUUUUAUAUCAAGAAUGCAACACCUUCGUGGAUGAUGGUUUUAAAAAUAAGGCAAAAAUCGCUUCACGAUGAUGCGUGUCUGAUAAUACUCACUUCCCAAUCCAAGAUGGAAUGUAAGCGCGCUAACCGAAAUUGGG